AUGGCGCUGAAACGUAUUCACAAGGUAACGAUCCUCAGAUCGGUAACUCACGGGACGCAGGAACUUGCCGACCUGACCAAGGACCCACCAACCAACUGCAGCGCCGGUCCUGUGGGCGAUGACAUGUUCCAUUGGCAAGCCACCAUCAUGGGCCCGCACAACAGCUUGUACCAAAACGGCGUGUACUUCCUCAACAUUCACUUCCCAAGCGACUACCCCUUCAAGCCUCCGAAGGGGCUGUGGGAGACGGAGGGCCUGCGGGUGGCGUUCACUACGAAGGUAUACCACCCCAACAUUAACAACAAUGGAGCAAUAUGCCUGGAUAUACUGAAGGACCAGUGGAGCCCAGCGCUGACCAUAUCAAAGGUCCUUCUGUCCAUAUCGUCGCUGCUGACGGAUCCCAAUCCAGACGACCCCCUGGUGCCGGAAAUCGCCCAGCUGUACAAGCAAAAUCGCAAAUUAUACGAGUCCACUGUUAGGGAGUGGGUGCAAAAGUACGCCACCUAA